UUUAACGCAUACUCAUAUGAUUCUGAUAUCAAAACGUAAUCAGAUCGGUCAUUAUAAAAAUAAACACCUGUAAUAGAUUUAAUGUUAUUGUUCAUGUUCCUUUAGUUGUGCGUCUUUACAACAACAUUUUCGAUUAGAAAAGAAAAUUCUAGACCUUGCGUUUGAAGGAAGUGAAGAAAAAGUGUGAUCAAUUAACAAACGACUAGUGCCAGCGACAUAAUGGGUUCCACUUAUAGCGCACAUGGUUAUUAUUGGACAACACAAUUAGUGUUAUAUACGUAUGGAGUUGAUGAAGUUAAGACAACCAGAUGCUCCACACAGAAAGAACUGCGUAGCGCAUUAAAAACAAAGCUGGGGUGCAAUGAAGAUAUAACAGACAUUUGGUGGUAUUCUGCCAAAGUAAGGUGGAAUUUGUGUGGAAGUACGAAAGAUGUUGAUCAUUAUUUCAUCGUUUUUGAAUCGACAAAUUGGUAUUAUUCAAUAGAAAAAUUUAAAUUAGGUUUAACCAUGCAAUUAACUAUGCAACGAAGCGAGAAAUUUGACGAUGUCAAGGCAACAUUUCAACGUUAUGCACGCAGAAGUUGUAAUCUGAAACAGUAGAAGAAAACAAGCAAUUUUACCGUGCCUAUGCUGAUAGACGAACUUUAUGACAAUACAUUCCAUAUGUUAAAAGCAAACGACCAACAGUUUGCUGUCAACAUGUUCAAAAUAAUCACAUGAUAUACAUAAUGUUUUCCUCUCCAACCCAUGCAUGAACACAGUUGUUAAACGGAUUUGUUUGAAUAACCAGACCGUUUAAUCGAAAUAACACGACCUGCAUGGGAGCUUUAGCUCAUGGACAACAUGUCUAUAUUAUUGGACUUUUUAUGGAGGCAUGCGCUGUCAAUAUUAAUCAUGCUUGAUUUCAUGUAAACAUCAAACCUAUAUAUUGUAUUAUCACUUUUAUGAUUAUUUGUAUUCUCAUAUGCUUUCUACCAGAAUGUAGCUUAAUGUUUGUUUACGGAUUAGCUCACACCGGUUAAAACUAUUAAGAAGACAAUUAAUUGAAUUGUUUCUUCUGUUGUUAACGCUAGAACAGUCCAAAGUCUUAAAUGUAUAAUAAUUUUUGGGUUUAAUUGUUUUCUGUACUAACAAAAAGCAUAAAUUUUACGAUGGGAUCCGAAUGUAUGAGGUGGCAUGAAUAUAAACAAACGUUGGAACAAACCAUUUUUUUUAAAGAAAACAUAACACUAUUUAGCUUUAAUAAUACAUUAUACUAAUAACCGAAACUUAUUAACGCAUAAUUUAAUAAUUUGGCAUAGUUAAGGAUGUUAAAAAAACUUCAUAACAAUAUACAAUGAAUUUGAAUUAUUUAUGCUCUAGAUUGAAUACAAAAUUUAUGAUAUGUGUAUUUCGACUAUACGAACGUUAAUUGCGCAAUAAACACUUUUUGGAUAUUCGUUGGAAUAUGAAUUACAACGAAUAUCCAAAAAGUUUUUAUUGCGCAAUUAACGUAAUUAUCUUAUUAGUGACGAAAUGGCUGUGAAACCAUCAUAUUCUCCAUAGCCCUGUGCAGUCUGAGCGUCGGAAACCGUACGGCAUGGGACCGACUAGGUUCGGGCAGGACAAAUAUAAACUCAAUCCUAACACUGCGCCAUGAAUUCUGAAAUGUUUACGGAAUGUUCUUAUAAAUAAUUGAGGGGCGCCAUUUCUGCAGAGUUAUAUCAUUACUUAAUUUCUAUAGAAAAGUGCAAUAACAUGACAGUAUAAAGAAGUAUUGAAAAAUCAAGCUUUUAUUAUAUAUCAUUAUACACCAUGAAGAAAAGUAUCAUGGCACCACUCUUUUGUAUUUUAGUUAUCAUUCAAAGAUAAAGACGUAUGGUUCUUUAAAACUGUGGGUCUAUUGAUCGUUUCGGCCUGAUUACAUUCUCAACAAGUCAAAUCAUUACCGCGCAUACCCAAAGGCCAAAUUUCAUCAGAAAGGUCCGAAUAAAAGUUUGAAGAAAAAACCUAAUAUACGAUAACAACUUGUAUUCAGUUAUUUCUAUUAUAAUAGGCUGUGUUCGUCUCUUAAAAUGUAAUGUCUUAUAUUAAAAACGGGAUGAUCAAGCACACACGAGAGGAUUUUAAUUUAUAAACAAAUUACUGAAAAACAUAUCCAAAAAGAUUGGGAAAGGUGCCGAUAGUCGUACCUACCUAAUAUGGCAAACAAAACAGGGAUAGAAAUAAACAUUUUCGGCAGAUAAGUUUCGGCAUAAUUCUUUCCAUACAUAUCGGUGGUUUGAAUAUUGGGCUCAAGGAAUAAGGUUUCAACACACUGCUGAGUAGUCACUCUCAAUUUGUUUUUAUGAAUUGGGUGGUAGAUUCGUUACCGUAACAAUAUAUAACGUGCACUUUGUAGGUGUGAAUUAUGCUGGGAUUGGGAACUUGAGCACCAUGUAUUGACACAUCAAGUUUAUGUACAAUACAGUGUUGUUUCGAAUAAUAUUUAUUUUCACAACAUGCACACAUAAUAAGUAACAUUGUAAACACAUUCUGGAAUAAAUAUGUUUAAACCAAACAUGAUACAGAAUUGCUCUUUUCUGGAGUAUCCUAUCUAUAUGCCUUCAUUAUGCCUUUAUCAUGGUUUGGGUCUUGAGUCGAGUCUUACCCAAGUCCUGCGAUGUGGAUGCACGUCAUCAGAAGUUUCUUAUUAUUUUACUUAGUAUCAUAAUCAUAAUCAACCAGUAUAUGUGUACUGUUCAUCCGCUUAUUACAGUGAAACACGAGGUCUUUGAUUCUCGUCAUGUGAUACAGUUGGCAUAUCACCUGCUAUGCAGCUGCAAUAACAAGAUGUUGUUUCGAAUUACUUAAAUAAACAUAAGUUCGAUAAAAACAAUAUUUGUGUUUCAAAUAAUAACGUCAGUGGUUCCAUGAUCAACCGACAUUUGCUAAAAAAAAUCCAACUUGAAUCUCUCCACCAGCGCAUGUCGAAAGCGUUGUUGGAUGCGGGUCAUGACUUGUACGUAUGUAUUGACUUCUGGGGUUUUUAGUACUUUUAUACGAUUAAUUAUCCAACUGUUCAUAGGGUAAACGAAGCACAAUAGACCAGUUAUCAACAUUGACUGAUAUUAUUGAAUGUCGUAAAAAGAAUAAGCAAUCAACCUUCAUAGCCUGCGUGGACUAUUCUAAGGCGUAUGACCGGAUCCCGAGGCGCAUUCUGUGCUCAAAACUAGAAAAACACGGGAUUCAAGGGAAACUACUCAGUGCUAUUCAAUCUUUGUACGCAAAUGUGAAAUGUGCUGUAAAUGUCAACUCGUAUAGAACCGACUGGUUUGGCAAAAAUAUCGGUUUAAAACAAGGAUGUAUACUGUCAACUACAUUGUUUAAUCUCUUUCUCAAUGACCUUAGCCUGCGCCUUAACCAGUCAGGAAUAGGCGUUCAUAUAGAAGAAAUGAUUAUUAAUCACUUACUUUACGCUGACGACCUCAUACUCAUUGCUGAGACUGAGAGUGACCUACAGAUUCUCCUUGAUAUUUUAGGAUCGUGGUGUACCUCCAAUAAAAUGACUAUCAAUACAAACAAAAGUAAAAUAAUGCAUUUCCGAAAUAAAAAUGUGAAAACAAAUUAUAGAUUCACAUGUAAUAACAAUGAACUUGAAUGUGUUACUGAAUACCGAUAUCUCGGACUUGUUUUGUCAGAAUUUUUAGAUUAUAGUGUAACGGCCAAGUAUGUCGCUAAGUCGGCGACUCGAGCCUUAGGUCUGCUUAUAUCAAAGUUCAAAUCACUUGGUGGAAUGCCAUAUAAUAUCUAUACCAAACUGUACGACAGUAUAGUGUGGCCAACUAUAAGUUAUGGGGCAGCUAUAUGGGGAACCCAGGACUAUGCCUCUAUCAAUGCCGUACAUCAUAGAGUGUGUCGUUUCUACCUCGGAGUGGGAAAAUAUACACCUAACGCGGGAAUAACUGGAGAUAUGGGUUGGCUUUCCCCAUAUGCACGGCAGUGGAAGUCGAUUCUCACUAACUGGUUCCGGUUAAAUAGUAUGGACAAUAACCGUAUCAACUACAAAGUGUUUAAAUGGUCUUACAUUAAAAUACACCACACAAAUAACUGGCAUCACAAGAUAUGCAUGAAAGUACCGCUGGACAUCAGUUAUAGCUAUUCGACAUCUGAACGCAAAUAUAUAACCAAUAACUGUAUUGAUGAUCUAUUUAAUGAUUAUAAGGCUGUUUGGUUAAAUAAUAUAAACAGAGAACAAGCUGCCCAUGGCAGAGGAGGAAAUAAACUAAGAACAUACAAGCUUUUUAAGCAAACAUAUAACACUGAGUCUUAUGUUAAUAAUAUUAUUAUACCUAGGUCCCAUAGAAGUGCAUUUGCUAAAUUCCGUUGUGUUGUAGCACCACUUAAAAUAGAAACUGGACGAUAUCAGGGAAUUGUACCAAAUGAACGUUUUUGUUUUAACUGUAUAAACCAAGUGGAAGACGAAUAUCAUGUUCUUAUGUCAUGUAAUCUCUAUGAAGAUAUUAGAGAAAAGUUGUUCACAAAGAUAUUUGAAAUAAAUCCGGAUUUCUCUGAGUAUAGUGAUGAUAACAAAUUCUGUUACAUAUGAUCUAAUGACGAAAUCGUUAAAUACAGUACCAAAGCUUGUCAUGAU